AUGUAAAAUGAGCUUAACGUUGCAGGUUAGAGAUUCUAACCUACAAAUUACAACGUGCCAUGCGACGCUACGUUUAGCGCAGGCCGCGCAGGGGGUUUCGCUUUGCGGUAGUGUUCGCGAUAGAUGAGUAGACGGGAGUUGUUGCGCGCCGAAGGAUUUGUUCGCGUACGCGUUUAGUUUCACUGGAAAUGCGAGUUUUUGAAAAUGGCCAACGCCGAGAUGCUGCAGCUGGAUGUCUGGAAGGGCGAUUGGGGCCUGCCGUCGAUCGACAUAGAGUGCCUACAAGUUCUGGCGUAUGCCAAAUUCAGUGGGGUACCUUUAAAAGUAAAUCUAACGAGCAAUCCAUUUAGAACACCCAAUGGUCGAUUACCUUUGCUUAGGGCUGGUCUUCGUACUUUGGAUACAGUUAAAGAUAUAUUGCCCUAUUUUAGAGCAAAACAUAUUUCUGACUGUACAUUAAGCGAUAAACACUUGGCAGACGUCAUCGCUUAUGAUUCUCUGCUUAAGGAAAAGUUGUAUCCAGCCUUCCAAUUUAUAUGGUGGAUAGAUAAAAAGAAUUUGGAUGAAUUAGUUAGACCGUGGUACUGCAAAGCUCUGUCUUUCCCAUUUAAUUUCUAUUAUCCAGGGAAAUUUGAGCGGCAGGCGCAUGCCUUAAUGCAAAGUUUAUAUCCUCUAGAAGAUAAUAUAAAUGUUAUCGAAAAUGAGGUAUAUUCGGAAGCACAAAAAUGUUUAACGUUAUUAUCUACGAGGCUUGGAGAUAGAGAGUUCUUCUGUGGGGAACAGCCUAGCACAUUAGACGCUGUUAUAUACUCGUAUCUAGCACCAUUGCUCAAAGCCCCGCUACCGAAUCCAGUUCUGCAAAAUCAUCUGAAAGCCUGUACAAAUCUAGUGAAGUAUGUGUCGCGUAUAUCACAGAGGUACUUUGAAAACGAAUAUCAAACUUAUGAGAAGCAUAAAGCCGAGAAGAAUGUUGAAAGAGGGAGAAGAGAUUCUGAAAGUGAAUUUCCAAACAAAAGAAGAAAUCAGAUUCUCGCCGCGCUCGUCGCUACGUUAGCAAUGGCGGGAUAUGCAUUAUCCACUGGUAUUGUAGAGGUGCUAGUAUAUUUGUUAAGAAGCAGAAAAUUUAUUAAAAUUCCUAAGAAGAAAAGAAAACGUACCAGUAAAGGAUGAUGAACUCGCAGAUAUGCCAAUGGAAUACAUGCUGAAUGACGAAGAUGACGAAUAGCAGUUAGCAAAGAGAAAUUUGUGUUUUCACGACAAAGAUAGAAAAUAUAAAAUUAUUAAAUGCAGAAUAUCCUGUUUCAUGCAACAUUUCGAGAUAUUUACGUUUGAAUGUCUUGGUGGAAUAGUCCUAUAUUUGUAUACACAGGGAGAAAGAGAGGGAGAUAAUACAUAAAUGUAUAAAUAGCAAAAUAUAUAACAAAGUAAAUAAAUAUUUUGGAAUAAGACGA